CGCGUCAUUGAAGAGAGACCAUGAUGGCGGCGGCGGGGGGAGCCUCCGAGGUGAUCGCUCAGCUGGAGAGCGCGGCCAAAGUGCUGAUGGCACCACCCUCCAUGGUCAACAAUGAACAACGUCAGCACGCCGAACACAUAUUUUUAUCGUUUAGAAAAUCAAAAUCGCCGUUUGCCGUUUGCAAACAUAUUUUAGAAACUAGUAAAGUGGACUAUGUCCUUUUUCAAGCCGCCACAGCGAUAAUGGAAGCAGUUGUACGAGAAUGGAUUCUGUUGGAAAAAAGCAGUAUAGAAUCAUUACGAACAUUCCUUUUAACGUAUGUCUUACAAAGGCCAAACCUCCAGAAAUAUGUGCGGGAACAGAUAUUGUUAGCAGUAGCAGUUAUAGUGAAACGAGGGUCUUUAGACAAAUCAAUUGAAUGCAAGAGCAUUUUUCAUGAAGUCAGUCAGUUGAUAAGCAGCGGCAAUCCCACAGUGCAAACUCUGGCCUGUUCCAUUUUAACCGCAUUGCUAAGUGAAUUCUCAAGUUCAAGUAAAACCAGCAAUAUUGGAUUAAGCAUGGAGUUCCACGGUAAUUGCAAACUAAUAUUUCAGGAGGACGAUCUCCGUCAGAUCUUUAUGCUCACAGUAGAGGUACUACAGGAAUUCAGCCGGCGUGAAAAUCUUAAUGCUCAGAUGUCUUCAGUCUUUCAACGUUACCUUGCACUAGCCAAUCAGGUCUUAAGCUGGAAUUUUCUUCCUCCAAAUUUAGGCAGACAUUAUAUAGCUAUGUUUGAAUCCUCACAAAAUGUGAUGUUAAAGCCAACAGAGUCCUGGCGUGAGACCCUCCUGGAUAGCAGAGUGAUGGAGCUUUUCUUUACAGUGCAUCGAAAAAUUAGAGAAGACACCGAUAUGGCACAAGACUCUCUGCAGUGUUUAGCCCAGCUAGCCUCUCUUCAUGGGCCAGUCUUUCCCGAUGAAAGCUCUCAAGUUGAUUAUUUGGCUCACUUCAUUGAGGGAUUGCUCAAUACUAUCAAUGGGAUUGAGAUAGAAGAUUCUGAAGCUGUGGGCAUAUCCAGUAUAAUCAGCAAUUUGAUCACUGUAUUUCCUCGCAAUAUAUUAACAGCCAUUCCAAAUGAACUUUUCUCUUCGUUUGUUAACUGCCUCACACAUCUCACUUGCUCUUUUGGAAGAAGUGCUGCCUUGGAAGAAGUUCUUGACAAAGAUGAUAUGGUAUAUAUGGAGGCAUAUGACAAGCUCUUGGAAUCAUGGCUUACCUUGGUACAAGAUGAUAAACAUUUCCACAAAGGCUUCUUCACUCAGCAUGCUGUUCAGGUUUUUAAUUCUUACAUCCAGUGCCACUUAGCUGCUCCUGAUGGUACAAGGAAUUUGACUGCCAAUGGUGUGGCUUCCAGGGAGGAGGAGGAAAUAAGUGAGCUGCAGGAGGAUGACAGAGAACAAUUUUCUGAUCAGCUGGCCAGCAUAGGCAUGUUAGGAAGAAUUGCUGCUGAACACUGUAUACCUCUUCUUAUCAGUUUGUUAGAAGACAGAGUGACAAGGCUUCAUGGCCAGCUACAAAGGCAUCAGCAAUUAAUAAGUUCAGCUGGAUCAAGCUCCAUUGACAAUAAAGUGCUUGAUGACUUGUAUGAGGAUAUUCAUUGGCUUAUUCUAGUCACAGGCUACCUCUUAGCUAAUGAUACUCAGGGAGAGACUCCGCUAAUACCUCCAGAAAUAAUGGAGUAUUCCAUUAAGCAUUCAACUGAGGUUGACAUCAAUACAACGCUUCAAAUUCUUGGAUCUCCAGGAGAAAAGGCCUCUUCCAUUCCAGGGUACAACAGAACCGAUUCUGUUAUUAGGUUACUGUCUUCUAUUCUAAGAGUUUCGGAAGUGGAGUCUCGAGCAAUAAGAGCAGAUCUUACGCACCUUCUGAGCCCGCAAAUGGGAAAAGAUAUUGUGUGGUUCCUCAAACGGUGGGCAAAAACCUAUCUCCUUGUAGAUGAAAAGCUAUAUGACCAGAUAAGCUUGCCAUUCAAUACCGCAUUUGGUGCUGACACUGAGGGUGCCCAAUGGAUUGUGGGCUACCUUUUAGAAAAAGUACUCAGCAAUCUUGCAGUAUGGAGUUCUGAGCAAGAACUUGCCAAUGACACUGUGCAGCUACUGGUAACUUUGGUAGAAAGGAGGGAGAGGGCAAAUUUAGUAAUUCAGUGUGAAAACUGGUGGAACUUAGCAAAACAAUUUGCCAGACGGAAUCCCCCUCUUCACUUUUUAUCCAGUUCAGUGCAACGUACAUUAAUGAAAGCCUUAGUUCUUGGGGGUUUUGCUCAUAUGGAUGGAGAUACCAAACAGCAGUACUGGACAGAAGUUCUUCAGCCACUGCAACAACGAUUCUUAAAUGUGAUAAACCAAGAAAACUUCCAACAAAUCUGCCAGGAGGAGGAGGUGAAACAGGAAAUCACUGCCACCUUAGAAGCACUUUGUGGUAUUGCUGAGGCUACCCAGAUAGACAAUGUAGCAAUUCUCUUUAAUUUUCUGAUGGACUUCCUUACAAACUGCAUUGGACUAAUGGAGGUGUACAAGAAUACACCAGAGACUGUUAACCUCAUUAUAGAAGUUUUUGUUGAAGUUGCACAUAAACAAAUAUGCUAUCUUGGAGAGUCUAAAGCCAUGAAUUUAUAUGAAGCUUGUCUGACCCUACUUCAAGUAUAUUCCAAGAAUAAUUUAGGUAGACAACGAAUAGAUGUUACAGCAGAAGAGGACCAAUACCAGGAUCUUCUUCUCAUUAUGGAGCUUCUCACUAACCUACUUUCAAAAGAAUUUAUAGAUUUCAGUGAUACAGAUGAAGUAUUUAGGGGACAUGAACCCGGGCAAGCAACAAACAGAUCCGUAUCGGCAGCAGAUGUUGUCUUAUAUGGAGUGAACCUAAUCCUGCCUUUAAUGUCCCAAGAUUUGCUAAAGUUUCCAUCACUAUGUAAUCAGUACUACAAACUAAUUACUUUUAUUUGUGAAAUAUUUCCUGAGAAAAUUCCACAGCUUCCGGAAGACUUGUUUAAAAGCCUUAUGUAUUCAUUAGAAUUGGGGAUGACAUCAAUGAGUUCAGAUGUUUGCCAACUCUGCUUAGAAGCUCUAACACCAUUAGCAGAACAAUGUGCAAAAACACAGGAAUCAGAGUCAUCCCUCUUUUUAGCAACAAGACACUUUCUUAAGAUGGUUUUUGAUAUGCUGGUACUGCAAAAGCACAAUACAGAGAUGACAGCUGCAGCAGGAGAAGCAUUUUAUACAUUAGUAUGUUUGCAUCAGGCAGAAUAUUCUGAAUUAGUUGAAACUUUACUAUCAAGUCAGCAAGAUCCCAUAAUUUACCAGCGGUUAGCAGAUGCUUUCAACAAACUUACUGCAAGCAGCACUCCGCCUACGCUGGACCGUAAGCAGAAGAUGGCCUUCCUCAAAAGUCUAGAAGACUUUAUGUCAAAUGUCGGUGGUCUUCUCUGUGUAAAAUAAAUACCAGAACUGUAUGCCUAACUUAGACCCUUUUUGCAAAAUGCACUGAAAAAUGCUGAAAGCUGACGUAAUCUUAAAUGCCUGUUGCUGGGUUUUUUGCAGUCAUCUCAAAUUUCAGAGAGCCUGGAAGUUUUGAGCAGUGGAAUAGGAGAUGUCAACUCUAAAAUCAGCUUCUGCUAAUAUGUGUUAGCCACCGUCUGUCAUAUACCUUUUAUGUUGUACAGAAUAAAAACAGAAAAACUGAAAUGUUUAAAAGAAUUCCACAAGUGCAUAUAGACAUGGGCACAGUAAAAAAAACAAAAAACCAAGAAUCAGUGCCUUGUCCCAGAAGUCCUCAAGUAGUGAUGAAUCAAACUCCUAUAAUAUUUUUUGUUAUUACUAGAAGCCCUUUUUGGUGUGUGAUUUAGACACAUACAGAACUGUAAAACAAUCCUAAGCUUUAUUUUUCCUCUCCGAAAACUGUGUGUAAACCCAGUGAAGAAAAAAACCACCAAAUGAUAUUUUUUAACUUGGAUUUAGUGUUUUUUUGGGGGUUGUUUUGUUUUUUUUUUUGCUUUUUUUUACAUCAACCUGGCGUUGCAUGUUUGUGUAAUACAACUUUUUACAUUAUAUGCUGCUGCCCUAAAGUUCAGAAAGAAGAAAGGUGUAUAUUUUUGUUUCCCCUGAAAUGAACUUUAGGAACUGUAGCCAUUUCAUUGCCUUAAUUUAAAACAAAAAAAUAGCUGAAAUAAGUUAGGUGAGUUAUCUAAGGCAAGCUUUGAAUCUUCAAAACUGGUUUAGAAUGUUGGCACUAAGCUGCCAUGUAUCUGUUUGCAGCCCUUGUGUGUUGAGAGUAUUAUGUCUAUGAGUGUAAACAAAAAUCAAUGUACACCUUUACUUUUAAUAUUUGUUGAGUCACACCCAUGUCAUACACAACUGCAGUGUAUUUCAAGAUUGAAUUGUUUGCUGAAGCAAUAAUGUUUCAAAUUAUGUAAAUUAUUGAUUUCUACAUUUUUUUUUUAUGUUGGGGCAUUAGAUUCAGUGGCUAGACUACACAAGCAUCAAACUCUUCUAGCAAAGGCCGUGCAUGUUUGACUUCAUGAUUCAGAAUAUGGACCCGUGGUUUAAUAUUUUGCCACCAUUGUCAAAUUUAAUAGUGCUUGUCUUCUGCUGCUCUGAUCCCACUUGUUUGGUGUGAUGGCACUUUAACUAUGUAAGAUUACCUGUAUGGUUUCAUCCUGCACUCACCAAAUAGGAGGUUGCCAUGGGAACAAAGUGGCAGGAUAUCAAGAAUAUGGAAGCAGAACAUUUAUUCAUAAUUGUAAGCCAAACUAAACCAACCAGAAUAUGUAUGCUGCUGAUUAAAAAUAACCUUUUUUAAUGAAGGAAGGAGAUAAGUUGUCUCCAGAAUCUUGUGCUUCAUAUUUGCAAGAACUAAGCUAUUGGAUAUUAACAAAGAAAUAUUUUUACAUUUUAUAUAGAAAUGUAAGCCCUCACUUCAUCCUAGCAUCAUGUUUGCAAUUCCAUGCCAGUCUUGAGCUGUUCAUCUCAACAUUUAAUCACACUACCCAUAAUUAUUUAUAUAUGAUUUGAAAUCUUUAAUAUUAUAGAGUUUUAUAAGGGUCCAAGACUUCUUUAAUUCCUUCUCAUUAAACCACAAUCAGAAAUCAAGGAAAAGACAGGCCAUGGUUUGUAAAUCUUUCCUAUGAACUGUAAUGUUUUCAAAAACUGAAGACUGGCUAGAGGAAGUUGCUUUCUUGAAUAAAUAAACAAAAAGGUUCAAUAAAGAACGGCUUGGUUCAGAGAUCUCUAUGAACUAAAUGGCUUGGCCUUCAGAGCAUUCUGUGACAAACCCUUUGCACUUGAUUUAGUUUAGUAUGCAUGAGUGUCUGAGCUGAGCAAAUGAUGGUUAUUUAGCCAUUGAUUGGUCUCCUAAAAAUAAGUUUUAAAUAGAUAUUCCUAACGAACUAAUCCAUAACUUGCCAUGAUAUCUGAACUGAGCCUAAGUUGUUCAAUUCUCAAUUAUAUUGUUCCAUCUCUUUCUGUUAAUGUUAUUUGUAGAAUAAGGGAAUUGUUUUGGCUUCUGAUUUGUUUUAAAAAUUGGGUUUCUCCUGUGGCUCCAACAUAAUUAUAUGUUUUAAUUAUGAUGAAUUCUAUAUGUGUCUUUUAAAACUGUCUGUUAACAUUUAAGUUUCUAAACCAAUUUGCUUUCAAAUUUUUACUCAUGAUGUUGAAACAAAAUUCUACUGCCUAUUUUUAAAUUGAUGGCAAUUUAUUGAUAGGAUGUAACUAAGCUCUCAUUUAUUGUGAACAAUUCUAGCUUAUAAAAUUAGUGCUUAAAGGUGCCAUGUGAACUUUUGGAAAUGUGAGACAUAAUGUUUAUCUCUGGAAACAUUGAAGAGCCAGUUUGCACAAUUUCCUUAAAGUGAAAAUACUUGCAAGGCAACAAUGAAUUGUGCCCAAGAAUUCCACUUUCUUGACUGUUUGGGGAAGAAUCUGCUAAGUGGCCUGCUGGGCAUUAUUGGUUCGCUUCAAAUUACUCUGUUCCAGAUUUCUGCACAAAUGAGUCGUGAUUGUGCAUAACAGGUCUUGGUAGAUUGUUUCUAAAUUGUCAAGGAUUAUUUGCAAUUUUAAACUUGCUUCCCGGUUUAAAAUUUAUAUGAUAUUAAAGGGACACUAUCCAAUACAUUUUUAUCUGAAAUUUUGUAAUUGUUAGAAAUUUCUAAGGAGGUUAUCUUUCCAGUUUUUGUAUUUUUUUAAAAGUAUGAAUAAUACUAUCUUACCCCUACGCCAUCCAACGUGUUUCCAGAUGUAAUACAAUGAAUCUCCACUCCUAAAUGUUGACAUUUUAACAAUCCAGAAUUGCUCUACUAAUUGGGAAAGCUCACUCUGCAGCAUAGACAGAUUUUUCACACUGGAGAACUCUCUUAUUGCUGUACUAGACUGUGUCCAGAUCUACUUCUUUUAGUGAAAACACAGACAAAGCCAAUGGAAGCCAAUUAAAAAAAACAUUUUAGUUAGCUGACAUUCUUUGAGAAUUUGGUUCAAUAUUCAAUAACCCCAAUGAGUCUGUCUUCAGGGAAACUUAGAGAAAAGGAAAACGAAGUAAAAAAACACUUGCUGUAAGAUCCCAUUAUGCAACCUACAACUUUAUAAUUCAGACAUACCAAAUAUGAUGCUUUGAUAGAGCAAACCAUUUUCUUGGAAUAUCUUUCUAAUGAUAGCCAUUGCUGUUCUUUAUUUACUUUCAAAUUAUAAAUUCAGCUCUAUUGCUAGAUUUUCAAAACAUGAAAAACAUGAAUCACGUGCUUUCAGCAUAGAUAAACUGACCUUGCUUUUAUUUUGGGUGUUGAUAGUACUAAUAUGCAUUUCAAAGAGGUCUGGAAUUCUAAUCUGAGCAUGUUAAAAUGCAAUUCAAAUAUUAGGUUGCCAUUUAUUAUAUUUAGUGAAAUAUAUACAACUUCCCUAUAAAGACAGAAUGUAAAAAAAAGAUAAAUUGCUUAAAAUUCAAAUUAAUUGUCCUAUUUGACAGCUAAUUUAUCACAAUAGAAAUUGAAAUAAUUCAACCUGGUCCCAGCAAUUAUUGGUGUUAAACAUGUACAGUAGUAACAUAUCAGCUGCACAAUAAUACCAAAAUCGUUUAUAGUAGGAUCCCGAUUAUUCUGUGAUUUUAUUUGAAUGGUUUCCUCUAAUGAACCACUUCCAAACAGAACUUAAACCAUGCAAAAGAACUCCAUCUGAAAAACCUUAUAAAUUUCUGGAACUGAAAUUUAAUAACAGCAUUUUCCAUCUUAUUAAUCUGUGAGCUGCUGAACUGCUUAUAUUUAUGGGUUUAUCUCAUUAUUCUGGGAGUACGCUUCAUUGAAGAUUAUUUUAAAAGCAGAUCUCAAAGUAAUGAAAAUCUAUUUUUCCAAAUCUUCUUUUCUGCAAAAUUUUGCAAGUAUAAUAUCACUUUUUGUGGCGCAACAUGCUUUGUAUGUCACUGUUCUGAAAAUUUAGCAGCAAUCACAUUUCAAUCGGAUAGUCACAAUUGGAAGCAAUCUAUUGAAUUUUGUGGGCCUUUUGCAUAGGCCCACGUAGCCUUGUGCUAUGAAUAUUACUGUCACUGGCUAUUACAGAAAUGGAAAGCUUGGUCUGAAGCAAACAAAAUAGAAUGGCAGUUUUGAGAUUACAUGAGUUCCAUAAUUCCACUAUUCAUUACUGUAGUUGGAAUUGCUGGAAUAUUCCAUAAAAUGAAGCCAUAUUCAAUGUAAUAUAAAUAAUAUAAUAAUUUUUAAAAACCCUUUUAAGCCAGAAUAUUGGGGAAUGACGUACUUCUUGUUAAAUAUUUUUUUGUGUUUUGUCCAUGUGCAAUUACUGCUUUUUUUUUUUUUUACUAUAAGCUGACUUGCUCUGAAGCGUAAAAAUAGUUUUUCAGUUGUUUCUAUCAAAGAUAAAUAAAAAUAAUGAAUUCAGUUUUGCACUGAUUCAGUCUUCUUGCUUUAGAAUAUCACUAGGAUACAAGUUGAAUUUGACCACUGCUCUUAGUAAACCAAGCUUUUAGAAUGAGGAGACAGCCAUAACCAAACGUGCAAAAUAUAAUUAACUUCUUAACAUCACUGAUGCUAUUUUGAUCUUCUCACUUACUUCUUCUUUUGGAAGAAGUAAAACAGUUAUUAAAUUCAACCAAUCAAUUUUAUUUAUUAUAGCCUUCAAUUAUUGAAAUAUUCGAAUUACUGGAAUUGAAACAUACUUUAUUUGCUAUCCUUCAGAUUUUGGUACUUAAACUUUAUAUCUAGCUGAAUCUUACUAACAUGAGUUGAGAACUUAACUGGAACGUUGAGUUUGCCAACUACACUUCUGUAAUAUGCAUUGUUUUUAAUUUUAAUAAUUUGUCUGUUUAUUAAGCUCAAGAAUUACUAUCGAUUUUCGUCAGUCUCUUUUUAUUCCAGUCCCUUUGUGCAAUGGAAAAUAUUUAAAACCACAGAUUGUCUGAAAUGAAAUUUUGCUUUAAAUUAAUAAGAUCUGGAAUAAACUUGAAAGUCCUGGGGGGAAAUGAUUUGAUACUAUUUUUAUGUAAAGAGACAGGUUUGUGCUGUCUUGCAUGAUUGGAUUUGGAUUCUUAGUAUGGUUUCAUUUUUUAAUACACCUUCUAUCCAAAUAAAGCAGCCUGGUCAAAAAAAAAA